AUGUCCCGCCCCUUUUUUUAUAGUUGCAACCAAAUUGGGCACACCUCGAAAAAGUGGCACAUAUAUCCGGAAGAGCCAAAGGUGAAAAAGUCCAAUGCCCAAGCCGAGAAACCCAAACCAUCCCGGGGUAAGGACACUUCAAAAGCACCUAUGGAGACAAACCAUGCCACUACCAAGGAUAUGGAGACAAUAGCACCUAAGAAGACAAACCAUGCCACUACCAAGGAGAUGGAAGCAAUAGCACCUAAGGAGACAAACCAUACCGCUACCAAGGAGAUGAAGACAAUAACACCUAAGGAGACAAAAGCACGGUUGUACCUUCCUCAGUUUUCCCCAAAUUCCCCAUCACCAAAAUCAGAGCGAGGUUUUCCUCGUCAAUCGGCCGCCGCUCGUCGCGACUUUAACCUCUGUUUGCCGGCAAUUCAUCUCCGCAAGUUAAAAUUUUUACCCGUAUUGUGUCACCUCGACCAUUGGACCUACGGUGCUCCUACCAUUCGGCUUUUGGACCGCCGCCACCGGCUUCACAAGUCGAGUGCGUCGACCCUGAUGGGGGAGAAGCAAAUCCUUGAGGUCCAUCUUUUCUCGGACCAGGUCGCGCCACUAGCAUGCUGGGUAUCUGUUCGUAAUGCUAGCCUUGGUGCGGAUUUUCACGAACACACAAACCACGGUUGUACAUUCCUCAGUUUUCCCCCAAAUUGCCCAUCAUCAAAAACAGAGCGAGCUUUUCCUCGUCAAUCGGCCGCCGCUCUUCACGACUUUAACCUCUGUUCGCCGGCAAUUCAUCUCCGCAAGUUAAAAUUUUUACGCGUGUUGUGUCCCCUCGACCAUUGGACCUACGGUGCUCCUACCAUCCGGCUGUUGGACCGCCGCCGCCGGCUUCACGAGUCGAGUGCGUCGACCCUGAUGGUGAAGAGAAUGAAGCUUGUAGAUAACAACUCGCCCCCUCGUGAUCUAAAAGCAGUAUGUGAUUUCUUGGAAGAAGCCAAUGAGGACAUAUUGUUGGAGAUAUUCAUUCGUCUACCGAAUUAUGCAGUGGCUAUUUUGUUCGGUUCCUUUUGUCGGCGCUGGCACUCCCUCAUUUCCCAUCCUCGCUUCGUUUCGUGUUUCGUAUCCCAUCGCCAACUCCACCGGGACCGCUAUCCGCAGCCGCACACCGUAAUUUUCUGUCUAGCCGAGAAAGCCGGUCGCGAGUCACCCAAAGAACUCGAACCCCUCUGCCACAUAUUCUCCAACGAAUCAACGUCUCUCCUCCACGGGUCUUGGUUGCAUCUCGACUUCCUACCGCUGCCAGAAGUGGUUAUCCGAGCAUCGUGCGGCGACCUUGUCCUCGUUUCCCCCGUGGGCCGUCAGUCAAUAUCCGAUCUCUACAUCUGCAACCCCAUCACCAGACAGUAUCGGCAGGUCCCAAGGUGCCGCAGACGGUCGUUUAAAGUGUACGGGUAUGCUCUGAUUCUUAACAGGGACAGCAGCAACAGCUUGGACGUGGUGCUGUUGCAUCUGCCCGAAAUUCCCCACUAUGGGCCGCCAAGGCCGACGGAACAAAAGGUGUCGGUUUAUCGGUCGGCGACUGGGCAGUGGGAGGUCCUGCAGUUCCGCUACCCGCUUCCGAGCAGCUUUGCAACCAUCUACUCGGUGGACCCGGUGGCUCGGGACGGGGUUGUGUACUUUGUGGAGUUUGAACGGUGGUCUUCGGUCCGCCGGGUCGUCUGUCUGGACGUGUCGAGAGGUGAAGGCAGUGUGAUCCGCUUCCCGCGUGAUUUCUGGUGGUUUCCGGACCGCGGAGUGGUUGCCGUGAGGCAGGAGAUUGGUUUCGUGGCGGGAGAGAGCGGGCUGAGGCUUGUGCAAGUCGUGGUGUUGUCGUCCAAUAAGAGAGUUUUUCAUAUCAAGGUGUGGGAGGUAGUGGCGGCAGAGGUGUCAGAGUGGGUGUUGGUGCACGAUAGGACGUAUGCAAGGCCGAAGGGAGAGGGUUUGUUUGUCGGGCCUUAUUUGCAUCCGAUGGAUGGGGCCGCGGUUCUCAUUGUGUGGGAAAGGGGCGUGUACCAGUAUAAUCUGGUGACGACCACAUGGGAGAAGGUCGGCCAGCUUCGGGAUCCCUUGAAGCUGAAGGUGAUCGAAUAUGAAUCCUAUGAUCACCGUCUCACUUCUUUUCCCAUUCUGCAUUCGGAUUGGCCAACGCCAAUUCCCCCUCUUUAA